AUGUCCAACAGCAGCUCCCUCAAUGAGUUCCUCCUUCUGGGAUUUGCAGACACAAGGGAGCUGCAGCUCUUGCACUUCUCGCUCUUCCUGGGCACCUAUCUCGCUGCCCUCCUGGGCAACGGACUCAUCAUCACAGCUGUAGCCUGCAACCACCGACUCCACACCCCCAUGUACUUCUUCCUCCUCAACCUCUCCCUCCUCGACCUUGGCAUCAUCUCCACCACUGUCCCCAAAUCCAUGGCCAAUUCCCUGAGGGACACCAGGGCCAUUUCCUAUUGGGGAUGUGCUUCCCAAAUAUUUUUAUUUGCCUUUUUCUUUUCAGCUGAGUAUUCUUUCCUCACUGUCAUGGCUUAUGACCGCUUUGUGGCCAUCUGCAGACCCCUGCACUAUGAGACCCUCAUGGGGAGCAGAACUCCUGUCAAAAUGGCAGCAGCUGCCUGGGGCAGUUGUUUUUUCAAUGCUCUCCUGCACACUGCCAACACAUUCUCAAUACCCCUCUGCCAAGGCAACACAGUGGACCAGUUCUUCUGUGAGAUUCCCCAGAUCCUCAAGCUCUCCUGCUCAAACUCCUACCUCAGGGAAGCUGGGCUUCUUGGGGUUAGUGCCUGUUUAGGCUUUGGAUGUUUUGUUUUCAUUGUGCUGUCCUAUGUGCAGAUCUUCAGUGCUGUGCUGAGGAUCCCCUCUGAGCCGGGCCGGCACAAAGCCUUUUCCAUGUGUCUCCCUCACCUGGCUGUGGUCUCCCUGUGUUUCAGCACCUCAUUUUUUGCCUACCUAAAUCCCCGCUCUGUCUCCUCCUCAUCUCUGGAUCUGGUGGUGGCUGUUCUGUAUGUGGUGGUGCCUCCAGCAGUGAACCCCCUCAUCUAUAGCAUGAGGAAUAAGGAGCUCAAGGACAAAGUGAGGAAACUGAUUCAGCUGGUGCUAGCUCAGAAGCAAUGA